AUGGCUUUGGCUUCUUCAAUGCACAGCUUACAGAGAUGUUGUAGCAGCAGUACUGGAAGCCAAAUCCAUUCUGCUUUGGAACCCAACACAAGAUUCAACAAUGCAAAGCAGCCAGUUGUUUUGGAAUUGGUGAAAAAAUUGCCUAUUUCCAGAAGGUCUGCCAUUUUGAUCUCUCUGCUGCCUCCUCUAAUCCUUAUUUAUCCAAACCAGCAGCCAUUGCUGGCUAGAGAGAGACGCAACCGAAAGAAUAUCCCUUUGGAAGAUUACCAAACCAGCGAUAACGGACUUAAAUACUAUGAUUUGGUUGAGGGGAAGGGUCCUGUUGCUGAAAAAGGAUCUAUAGUGCAGGUUCAUUUUGAUUGCGUUUUUCGUGGCAUUACUGCAGUGUCAAGUCGAGAAUCUAAGCUUUUAGCUGGAAAUCGCAUAAUUGCUCAGCCUUAUGAGUUCCAGGUUGGGGCACCACCUGGUAAAGAAAGAAAGCGCGAGUUUGUGGACAACCCGAAUGGUUUAUUUUCGGCACAGGCUGCUCCGAAACCUCCAAAUGCCAUGUACACUAUCACAGAAGGAAUGAAAGUUGGAGGAAAGAGGACUGUAAUUGUUCCUCCAGAAUCUGGAUAUGGCUCAAAGGGAAUGAAUGAGAUUCCGCCUGGAGCAACAUUUGAUCUGAAUAUUGAGCUCUUAGAAGUAAAAUCACCAGAAGGAAAAAAAUAG